GGGUUCCCCUCGUUCUACUUCCGCCAAUCCAUUCCGCCCGUACCUUUCCGCUCCGCCCUUCCAUCACCUCCUCCCCGCACAUCACGCCUUCCUAUCGCGUCUUGUUGUUCGUCCCCUGCCGUUCGAUAUCUCUCCUCGUACUCGCGCUCUUUCGUCGAGCGAUCGGUUGAGCGAGCGUGCACGCGCGAGCGGAAGGAUCCCAGUGGUAACCCUUCGCCGUCGCGGUUGCCAUCUAAAACUGCUCCGCACCGCUCCUCGCCGCUCCGCUGCUCGCGCCAUCCGCCACGAUGUCGUGGCGCGCGUCGCUCUCGCUCUUCCUCCACGAGAUCCGCAUCCAGCUCUGCCAGACGUCCCCCGCGAGCUCCGCCGCCAGGCAGUUCGUGCAGCGCAACUACGCGGACCUGAAGCAGCUGAACCCGCGGCUGCCCAUCCUCGUGCGCGAGUGCAGCGGCGUGCAGCCCCGCAUCACCGCGCGCUACGACUAUGGUGUGGAGCACACCAUGGCUCUGGAGGGUUUAUCGGAGGAGCAGAUAGCAGGCAAGCUCAAGGAGCUGCUGGACCUGGGCAAGCGCGCUGCUGCUGCUGCCGCUGCCAAGCAAUGAAAGUAGCUGCUGUAGCUUGACAGGCUUUUCUGUUUGUAUCCGAGUUCAGCUUCCAUUGUGUUGGAUUUACAGGCAAGUGUUAGCUCUCUGAUGUGAGGUUGGGCAGGAUCUAGAAUUUUACUACAGGAGACUACACAUUGCUCUUGAGCUGUGCCAUGCCAUGUCAUGCAUUCUCAAAUAAACUAGUCUGAAGGGAGAGAUUAGGGGAGAGGUUACAGCAGGCAUUGCAAGCAAGCAUGAGGGUGAUACAGCUGAAUCUAGUUGUUGUGGAUUGGUG